AGAUGUCUCACCAACACCAUCCUUUCUUGCAUCAUCCUGCAAAGAAUCCUUCAUAAUUAUGGAGUUGCACUUUCAAGCACAAACAAUGAUGUUUGUUCCUACACAUACUUUUAUGUCUAGAAAAGGAGAGGUUUGUGACUUGGGGCCUUAUGAUGGUGUAUGUUCUGUCCAGUGGACCAUGGAGAUGGAGGUUUCAACUGACUUUAUUGGCAAAGCUUGUUGGCCACAAGUGAUAAUCUGGAAAAUAGGUGAGAAAAGAAAGAAGCUAGAGGAAGAGAAAAGCAUUAUCAUCCGUUUUGUAAUCGGACAUGGGAUCAUGUUGAAGAAUACCUUGAAUUGUCAGCAAAAACAAAGACCUACUUUGCCACUGCUGUUAACUUGUGGGAUGCUGACUUUUAUAUCAAAGUUGAUGAUGAUGUUCAUGUAAAUAUAGGUAUCAAAUGAUUUAAAUUGUAUUAGAAAUUGGUGGUAGUUGAACUGGAUGUAGAUGCUUUUAUAUCAAAGUUAAUUAUUUUUUAAUAUACUUAUUUUACCUUUU